CGGGACGCUCUGGAAGGGGCGGGGUGGUUUAGGCGGGUGGCUAGAUUACGGGCCCGGGAAUUCCGACAGUUUGUACCUUAGCAUUGGAAUGCAUGAUUACAAAAGAAAAAGGUGUUGUUUAGGUGAAGCGGGGGCCGGUGGCGAGUGAGGUGAAUGUGCCGUUUUGAAACGAAAGGACAGUAAUCGCUUCCUCUCUCCCUACUGGAGACCCUCCCGCGGGCCCGGCGGCCGCCUCUGGACUGUCCGGAGAGAACAUGGCGGCCCCCGGAGCCCGGGGCUGUAGCCUCGCGGGCCUGCUCCCCGCGCAGACCCCGCUGGAGUACGCCCUGCUCGACGCCGUCACCCAGGAGGAGAAGGACAGUCUGGUCUACCAGUAUCUACAGAAGGUGGACGGCUGGGCGCAGGACUUGUCAGUGCCCGAGUUUCCGGAAGGAUUAGAUUGGCUGAACACCAGAGAGCCUAUUUCUGUCUACAAGGAUCUGUGCGGAAAAGUAGUCAUCCUGGAUUUCUUCACCUACUGCUGCAUAAACUGCAUUCACCUAUUGCCUGAUCUUCAUGCAUUAGAACACACAUACUCCGAUAAAGAUGGUCUUCUGAUUGUUGGCGUUCACUCGGCUAAGUUUCCAAAUGAAAAAGUCCUGGAUAACAUUAAGAGCGCUGUUCUUCGAUACAACAUCACCCACCCUGUGGUUAAUGAUGCAGAUGCCAGUCUUUGGCAAGAACUAGAAGUUUCCUGCUGGCCAACUCUGGUCAUACUUGGACCCCGUGGAAAUAUGUUAUUUUCUUUGAUUGGAGAGGGACACAAAGAUAAACUAUUUUUAUAUACUUCCAUGGCAUUAAAGUAUUACAAAGACAGGGGACAGAUCCGAGAUAAUAAAAUUGAAGUAAAACUCUAUAAAGAUUCUUUGCCACCUUCACCAUUGCUGUUUCCUGGCAAAGUAACAGUAGACCAUGUUUCUAAUAGAUUGGUAAUAGCAGACACUGGACAUCAUAGAAUUUUGGUCGUCUGGAAGAAUGGAGAAAUUCAGUACAGCAUUGGAGGACCCAACCCUGGAAGAAAAGAUGGAGUAUUUUCAGAGUCAACUUUUAAUUCACCGCAGGGUGUAGCCAUAAGGAAUAAUAUCAUAUACGUGGCAGAUACUGAAAACCACCUUAUAAGAAAGAUUGAUCUAGAAGCUGAGAUGGUGAGCACUGUAGCUGGCAUUGGAAUUCAAGGUACAGAUAAAGAAGGCGGAGCUCAAGGAGAAGAACAGCCCAUUAGUUCCCCUUGGGAUGUAGUUUUUGGAACUUCAGGUUCAGAGGUCCAAAGAGAUGAUAUUCUGUGGAUAGCCAUGGCAGGGACUCAUCAGAUAUGGGCACUGCUGCUGGACUGUGGCAGACUACCAAAGAAAAAUGAACUGAAAAAAGGAACCUGCCUUCGGUUUGCUGGAAGCGGAAAUGAAGAGAACCGAAAUAACGCAUAUCCUCACAAGGCGGGCUUCGCCCAGCCUUCAGGUCUUUCUGUGGCCCCGGAAGAUCCCUGGAGCUGCCUGUUUGUCGCAGACAGUGAGAGCAGCACAGUGCGAACCGUCUCGCUGAAGGACGGGGCAGUGAAGCCCCUCGUGGGAGGAGAGAGAGAUCCCAUGAAUUUAUUUGCUUUUGGUGAUGUUGAUGGAGUAGGAGUCAAUGCCAAGCUUCAGCACCCACUUGGAGUAACUUGGGACAAGAAAAGGAAUUUACUUUACGUGGCAGACUCUUAUAAUCACAAGAUUAAAGUUGUGGAUCCAAAAACAAAAAACUGCUCAACAUUAGCAGGAACUGGAGAAGCUAGUAAUGUUACCACUUCGACCUUUACCGAGUCAACUUUUAAUGAACCAGGAGGCUUGUGUAUUGGAGAGAAUGACCAGUUAUUAUAUGUAGCAGACACCAAUAAUCAUCAAAUUAAAGUGAUGGAUUUAGAAACAAAAACGAUUUCUGUGCUCCCAUUCUUCAGACCUGACAACGCUGUGGUAGAUGGCCCGUUCCUAGUAGAGAAACAGAAAACAUUACCCAAACUACCUAAAUCUGCUCCAAACAUUAGACUUUCUCCAGUGGCUGCGUCUCCAGGCCAGACCCUGCAGUUCAAGCUAAGAUUAGAGCUCCCAUCAGGAACGAAGCUGACGGAGGGAGUGCCCAGUUGCUGGUUUUUAGCCGCUGAAGGCAAUGAGUGGCUUCUUCAAGGACAGAUACCCUCUGGAGAAAUAGAGAGCAUUUCCAGUCAACCAGCGAUCUCACUGCAGAUUCCUGGAGAUUGCUUAUCACUGGAAGCGGUGAUAUCUAUCCGAGUGUUCCUUUAUUACUGUAGUGCAGACAGCAAUGCCUGUAUGAUGAAGGGAAUUUUGUUCAGUCAGCCUUUACAGAUAAGCAGUGCACACCAAGGGGGCAUCGCUCCAGUAGAGCUCAGGUAUGGAUUUUAACAAGCCAGUUAGCUACACGGUCACCAAGGCCGCUGUCCUCUGUCCUCGUCAUCACUCUAACUUAGGAAAAGCAGCUUUAUUUCUGCUUCUGGAUACCGAGAAACCCACUGCUCAGUUCUAGCAACUGAUAUUAAAAUAAAGCUAUGCUCCAUACUUACUUAUCUAUUAUAAACAAAUUCCUUCAUUCUGGCUGUGUACCAGCUAAAUCACUGACCAUCAUUUGAACCAUGAUUUAGUCAUCUCUGACGCUAUUUGGCACAAAACUUUCAUCCACACUGUAGUCUCGAAUAUUACCAUGAAGCUGAUUUGCAGUGAAUACUGGUAAUAAUAAUGAAACCAAAUAUUUUAACUAACUUUUUCUACCUUUACUAGCGAUGAGCACAUUUGAAUAUAUAAAUUUCACAAUAACUUUAAACAGAACCUAGGAUCCGGUCCACAUGUUGGUAUCAAGACACUUGCUAUUCAAAGUCUAAGGUCUAUUUUAAGCCAAAAAAAAAGUCUUUACAUCACAGUAGAAACUUAAAGAGUAUCUGGGUGGUAAAUAUGUUCUUUGUCCUCUUCUGUGAUUCUCUUGGUUGAAAGUGAUUUAAAAGAGAGUUUCUAUUUUUAUUAUAAAUUAUUUGCUAUUUUUACAUACCAUUAUUAAUGCCUUAUAACUCUAUUCGGAAAAAGUAUGUCAAAGGAUAUACAGACUCCUUUAACUUUUUCUGAAGGAAUACAGUUUUACCGGUGAUGAAUGGGUCCCCAGAGAUACCACGUCUUCCACGGAGAGAGGGACUUGGGGACAUAUUACUGUCUGUGAUACUGUUUAUGAUAAAGAAUAAAUUGGGACAGCUGCAUCUGAGUAAAUGAGUAUAUAUGUUGUAAGCAUUAAAAUAUGCAGAUUGGUUGGGGUUUGUGUUUUUUGGUUCCUAUAUUCAGAACUUAAAUUAUCAUUUAUUGUGAUGUUUUUAAAAAUCAGUUUUAAGCCUUCGAAGAAAAUUCUAGUGUGAAGCA